AUGAGCGUGACCAAGUUCAUCAAGUGCGUCACGGUGGGGGACGGCGCCGUCGGCAAGACCUGCAUGCUCAUCUGCUACACCAGCAACAGGUUCCCCAGCGAUUACAUCCCCACCGUGUUCGACAACUUCAGCGCCAACGUCUCCGUCGACGGCAACAUCGUCAACCUCGGCCUGUGGGACACCGCCGGGCAAGAGGACUACAGCAGGCUGAGGCCGCUGAGCUACAGAGGCGCCGACGUCUUCGUGCUCGCCUUCUCCCUCAUCAGCAGCGCAAGCUACGAGAAUGUCCUCAAGAAGUGGAUGCCAGAGCUCCGCCGGUUCGCGCCCAACGUCCCCAUUGUUCUAGUUGGGACCAAGCUAGAUCUGCGUGACCACAGAGCCUACCUCGCCGACCAUCCCGGUGCCUCGGCAAUCACAACCGCACAGGGUGAAGAACUCAGGAAGCAGAUCGGCGCCGCAGCGUACAUCGAGUGUAGCUCAAAGACACAGCAGGUAGUGCAACCGAGACCAGAGGCCGCGUUGGAAUUAAACGUCAAGGCUGUCUUCGACACCGCCAUCAAGGUGGUCCUUCAGCCGCCGAGGAGGAGGGAGGUGAUGGCGGCCAGGAAGAAAACUAGGCGAAGCUCUGGAUGCUCCAUCAUGUAA